AUGUCUAUCAUAGUUUUGAUGGAAAUGACUAGAGAAUAAAGAUAAAUUAGCUCUAAAUAAUUUAACAUAAAUUCAUUAAGUGUCUAAACAAUCUCAUAAGACAUCAAAAUAAUAAAAAGAAAUCAAAUAUAAUUAUCUUGCCCAACCAAAAUAAUUAGCUAUAUGUAUAAAUGGCUUCUAAAAUAAUAGGUUAUCUUUUAGGACGAUAAAAUCUUAAGAAAAAUUAAAGUCCAAGAAUCUAAUGAUAGUACUUUCAUGUCUUUUCCUAGAAAUCAAUUUCCUCUUAUCUAAUAUUAACUUUAUCCUUAGUAUUAUGCAAAUUACCCACAAGAGUAGUAUCAAGCCUUGCAAUAUUAAAUUACAAAUCCAAUCUUAUAAUCUUAAGAUCGAUUCUUAGGCUAGCCAAAACAAGUAUAAUCAAGUCAGCAUUUUCGAACUUCUGAUUUUUAGUUUUUUGGUUCACAUGAUGAUUCUGAAUCUAUCGAACCUAAUUAAGCGGAAAAGGAUAGUAAAGAUUAAAAAAAUUCUUAUUUUAAGUUAAAGAGUAAGAUCAAAAAAGGAAAAGUAAAUGAUACUAAAAAUAUCACUAAAAAUUUUUCUAAAGCAAUCAUUAGCUACAUUAUAUAAAAUAAAGAUAUAGGAUUAAAAAUAAUGAACUGUGAAUAAUUUGAAGAAUUUGUGAGUGUGUUAAAGGAUAAGAAGAAUCAGAUGACUAACAUUAAACAACUUAGAGAACUUUGGGUUGAUACUAACUAAGAGAAAAGUCAACAAUUUAAUAAAGCAUUUCGAAUUUUUAGUGAAUAUUUUCUAAAACAAUAAUCAGUAUCUUACAUUUACAAUUCAAGAAUAGCGAACACUGGAUGGCAUCUAAAAUACAGAUAUAAUUUACUAAGAGCUCUUAAAGAACCAGAAAAUUUUAAAUAUAUAAAAGAUAUUUGA